AUGGUGUUAUGGCAUGGUGCAGGUGCCACAGCCCAACAAAGGGUCGAACAGUGCUCACGGAGAAGUUUGGUAAACAUGAAGCUAAUUAUUCUUAUUGCAUUGUGCGUGGUGAUCGCCACAGCUAAGCCGGCCACUUACACUGACAAAUGGGACAAUAUCAACGUAGACGAAAUUCUUGAAUCCCAACGUCUUAUGAAUGCUUACGUCGAUUGCCUACUUGAUAAAGGUCGCUGUACUCCUGACGGAAAAGCAUUAAAGGAGACUCUUCCUGACGCAUUAGAACAUGAAUGCUCUAAAUGUACGGAGAAACAGAAAAUCGGUUCUGAUAAAGUCAUUAAACAUUUAGUAAACAGACGACCUGAUUUAUGGAAGGAGUUAUCAGUCAAAUAUGAUCCUGAAAACAUAUACCAGGAGAGGUACAAAGACAAAAUUGAAGCCGUCAAAGGCUAA